AUGGAAAUCUCAUUUAAAGGCAAAAGAAUUUUAGUAACCGGUGCAGGACAAGGUAUUGGUCGCGGCAUAGCCAUAGAGCUGUGGCGUGCAGGAGCAAACAUAGUGGCAUUAUCCCGAACACGAUCCCACUUAGAAAGUCUACAAAGUGAAUAUCCUUCAAUCGAAAUAGUAAGUGUAGAUAUUGGAGAUUGGGAGCAAACUAGAAAAGUUAUUGAAUCUCUUGGACAAUUUGAUGCAUUGGUAAAUAAUGCUGCUGUGGCAUGCUGCGAGCCAUUUCUUCAAUCAACAUCUGCUAACUUUGACAGAACCUUUGAUGUAAAUGUAAAAGCUGUUCUCAAUAUUAGUCAAGUAGUUGCAAGAAAUAUGGUAGAAAACAAAAUACAUGGAGCAAUUGUCAACAUAUCUUCUCAAGCAUCUAAGGCUGCAUUGCAAGAUCAUGCUAUAUACAGUGCUUCAAAAGCUGCUCUUGAUGCCUUGACUCGUUCUAUGGCUCUUGAACUGGGCCCUCAUGGUAUUAGAGUAAACUCUGUAAAUCCAACUGUAAUAAUGACUGAAAUGGCCAAGGUUGGAUGGUCAGAUCCAACUAAAGCAAAAGACAUGUUAUCAAAAAUUCCACUCAGAAGAUUUGGUGAAGUUUCUGAAGUGGUAAAUGCUGUAGUAUUCCUUCUCAGUGAGAAAUCAAGUAUGAUCAAUGGGGUCGAACUCCCUAUUGAUGGAGGCUUUCUGGCUACAUAA